AGUGUGCAGCUUGCUUUUAUGGAUAUAGACAAAGUUAUUGUUUCUUUCUAGUCGUGGUAAGCAGUUGACAUGGGAAUUUUCCAUUAGGUUCACAUUGUUUCCAUUCCUAGGGUGCUCCUUCAAGCAACCCAUAAUAAAGUUAGAUAGCUAUAUAAUUAGCUAUAUAAAGCUAAAACAGAGCAGAAAUUAUCAUGGCAGGACAAGUUGCAGCAAUAAAAUUACGACAGUUUAUAGACCCAGCACCAGAGACCAUUCCAGGAACUAUUUUUCAUCAGGGAAAGGAUGUUAUUGGUUACUUUCCUGGACAGCUGGCACGACUUUAUAUUGCAUAUCCUCCUGAAGGACGGUUAAGACCUUUUACAAAGCUACCACCAGCUCCCAAAAAAGAAGAAGUCAUAUAUCCACAUGAGUUUGAUUAUUUAAUACUGCACCAGUAUAUUCAUUAUCAAAAUGCAAAGAUGAAGGUCCUUGACUGGUACACACAAACUACAUACAAAGAAGCAUUUACAUUACCAUGUUUCAAAUCAGGUAGUGCAGAUAGCUAUCGCCACAGAUCAGAUGCUGAAAUACUAUCACUUUGGAAAAGUACAUCUGCUAUGAAGAAAGAGAGAAUUAAACCUUCUUUCAUGGGUUUUGGAUAACUGCUAA